AUGCGCGCGGACAUGAGCCAGACCCAGCCGCUCCAGCUCUCCCUCGGAAGCGACUGCGAGCCAGGAGAGGUCGCACCAGCGCGGGCACCGCGCGCGCCGCGCGCUUUGGCGGGUGCGGCGGCGCUGUCGGCGGCCGCGGCGGUGGCGGCUCUGCUGGCUGUUGUUUGGCGCGCGGGGUUCUCCACGGGGGCUGUGACUGUUGACUCUCGCGGGGCCUCUGUCAAGGCCGCUGUUGCUGGUGAUGUGGAAUCGUGCGUCGUCUACGGGGACUCGAACGUCCAGAUGUACGGUAAGGCCGUGGGAGACAACAUCAAGUUCACCUCCCCGCUGGGCAAACCGUUCUGGCUGGUCCACAGUGACACUCUCUUCAUACAGGGCGUGUCUGACAUAUUGAACGAGGGUAAUCCAAUUCCAGUCCUGAAGGCGGUCGGCAUCGGCGGCCCCAUGCUCGGCUGGUACACUCUGGAAAUCACAACGGGCGAGGCGACAUGGUACUCCCCGGAGGGUUCGCCGGAGAGCAUUCUCGAGACGGACAUGUCGGUGUGGCAGACGGCGAUCACAUCUACGGACACCCUCGAAGCGAAGCUGGAUCACGCUGGGGAUGUGCUCCAGCCGGAUCGCAAGGAUAAGGAGAUGAACGUGCUGCAUGUGAAGUUCGGGAGCGUGGAGCUGCAAAUCGACCGGUGGAUCGAUUCUGACAUUGAACAGUUCAUGAAUAUCAAGAUCACCAAGACCGUGGAAGCAGGCGAAUCGGGCUUAUGUGGGGACGGUGCCGUAUCAGCGGUCACCGCGGACCAGGUGGCCAAGCCUGAGUCAGGGGGCGCGAAUCUUGCUUCUGAUGCAGAAGACCAGGCGGGCGUGUGCUCACAAACUGGAGCGUCUUGCGCAGAGUCGAAGUGCUGCUCUGAACCUGGCGCGAAGUGCUACAAGAAGGAUGACGGUUGGAGCUCUUGCAACCAAACGUGUGACCCAAACUACAGGUGGAUCGAGGAUGCCUGGGUGAAGACCAACGAGACAGUUUGGGAUUGUGAGGAGCUUGUGCGUCCGUGCUCGGGGGAUGGUGAGAACUGCGCAGUUACCCAGUGCUGCUCCGCACCUGGCGCGAAGUGCUACAAGAAAAAUGAUUAUUGGUUCGCGUGCAAUGAAACUUGUGACCCGUACUAUCGCGGAUAUGUGGAUGGAGGACUCCUGGGUCAAGACGAACGAGACGGUGUGGGAUUGCGGGGUCGUCUCUCUCAAUGGUCCGGCCGAUGCCGCGGAUGCCGGGGAUCCGACGGACUCCGGGGUCGGCCUCGAUGCUUCUGUCGUCUCCGCGUGCUCGCAGAAUGGGGAGUCUUGCGCACUGAGCCAGUGCUGCGCUGA